CCAGGCUGUUGGUCACGUGCCACGCUCUCCCCUGAGAGGACUUCCGGUGGUGUUUCCUGUGUUUGUAAACUGGGGGAAAAAAAUAGAGGAACUCCGACGAGAAAUAUUGCUGGUCCAGAAACGGAAGAGUGUAUAUAGAUCCAGUAUCCUGGAGGUCUGGAACCCAGUAGCAUCUGGCGAUCUUCCAGCCUGAAGACUGGAGUUAGAGAACUUUGUCUUAGAUCAUUUCUUGGCUCUCACCCGUGCUGACUGUGUUACCUAUCCAUUCUCUCUGCCCAGUGUGACGCUCUCUCUCCCCCCAACACACGCAUUACACAUCACUGCGAUGUCACAGCUUUCCAACAACCCAGUCCGAGAGCACAUGAAAUGGGCUGGGUUGCUGGGCUGUGAGGCAGUGCUCUCCAGUAUGGCUCUGAUGCAGGCCAGUUCUCCAGCCGGCCAUAAAAAGAUGGCAUCUCCACUGAGCCAGAACCACAACCACAGUCACAACCAAGAAGCCCACAGUCACCACAGUCACAUGGUGCUGCCGUCUGGAGUCAGCUGCUCGCCCAUGCUCAUUAAUAAGGACAGAGAGUUCCACUCUUCCCGGCUGCUGGAGGAGAAAGACAUGCAGUCGAGCCAGAACGUGCCAUCGAAGAAGAAAAACAGGAAGUCAGGAACACCGUCUAAAGUGAGAGAAAAAGUGCAGGUGGAGCUGCCUGAACCAAGCGAUGACGGUUCUCUCAACUCCCAUGUGCAGAAGAACUUCAUCUGCGAGCACUGUUACGGAGCGUUCCGCAGUAGCUACCACCUCAAACGCCACAUCCUCACUCACACAGGUGAGAAGCCCUUUGGGUGUGACAUGUGCGACAUGCGCUUUAUUCAGCGCUACCACCUGGAGAGACACAAACGUGUGCACAGUGGAGAGAAGCCUUAUCAGUGUGACCGCUGCCAACAGAACUUCUCCAGAACAGACCGGCUCUUGCGGCACCGGCGCAUGUGUGUCGUCGGCAUCCCGAAGGAGGAGGACACGUCGUGCUGCGACGGACGAUCGUAUUCACAGGAACCUGCGCAGCAGUCGUGGAGCCCCCUACAGGCCAACAACAGCAGCAGCCGGCUUGCUGUGUGACGGCUUUCCCCCGAGCCUCCUUUCGGCUCUGUGAAAGCAGGGUGGACUCGCGCACAGCCACUCGGGGACACUUUACUGCAUCAGACUGAUCCUGGACACUCUGGGGAAAAGACUCACUUCAGCUCGGUCAUAUCCAGCUAUUUUUCGGAGCUGAUUUGACUUGAGAGGGGAGGGAUUUUUGUAGGAAUUUCUAUAGAUGCGGUCAGCCUCUGAGAGGGUUGGCGUAGUUUUUUACUGCACAGGCAAUAAGGAGUCAUGGAGAGGAGCAAGGAGUGGGUUAAUGAUGUUUGAUAGUUACAGUGGAGGGAGAUCGGGUUACACACACAAGACGGUUACAAAAAAUUGUGAGCAGCUCUUCAGCCGUUGUCACAUGUGGCCUUGUAUUUUUCCACCAUUCCUAAAUAGUAUCACGAUUAGCAGGAAUUAGUGAAAGAGGUGCUAGGCUACAUGACUCUGCGUAUAUACUAGCAAGAGACAAGUCACUCGUGUUGCUUGUAGUUUGUCUUUAAUGAUCACUGCGGUUGUCGGAUCCGGGCGUACACCAUUCGUACACCAUUUUUAUGAAUUAAUAUCAGAAAUAUCAAAGGUAAGUAUUUGCUUUAAUAUUUUUUUAAAGAUUACUUGGAGUUAAUGUCAGACAAGCCCCAUUUAAAUGAAAAGAAUCCCAAACUUAUGUACUCUUCUAGACCCUUAUUGAGUACUAACACUAACCAGUUCUUCCAAUUCCCUAUCAGUAUUUCCUAUCACAAUGCAAGAUGCAGACCAUGACAACAAUCACGACAAUUUUAAGUGUUCAACGUUGCCGUACAUGCAAUCACAAAACAGUUCGACUUUGAAACCCGAUGAACGAGGCUUGUCUUGGCUCUGACCUGAAGUGGACAAUAAGCCGACUAGUUAAUCACAAAUGAAAUAGUAGAGAAAACACCCAGUGGUCUGUCGCUUUGUCGCUUGCUAGUGUAAACAUAGGGAAAACACAACAACUGAAAUAUUUUUCCCACUAAAUCCAUUUUAUUUCAAGACGGUAUGGAAAACUUUGGAUUUUAAAGGUGUUUUACAUUUAGCCAUGGUAUCAUUACACAUCACUGAAAACUGCUUUCUUUUGUUAGUUCUGUUUUUUGUUUUUAUUUUAAUCCGUGUUCAUAAUGUUAGUGUCAAAGAACAAACAAAACAUAUCUUUGCAGUAUCAUCUAUAGGUCUAGGACUUGCGUUUAGACAUUUAGCAGACUCUUAUCCAGAGUGACUAAGAUAAAGUGGUCCACUGUGAUUCAGGUCCUCAGUGAAAUGCAUUUCUGUACGUUUAUGUGCUUAGAACUGUUAUUUUGGAGUCCAGGUUAGAAAUGUGUGUGUGUGUGUGUGUCUCUGUGUGUGUGUGUGUGAGGGUUUGUUUAUUUUUAUUUUUUUAAAUUCCUGAUGCUGUUUAUAGAAUAUUUUCGGGACUCAAACACUGGAUCGGCAAAGUAUGGCUAACGGUGUGUGUGCGCUUUUAACAUUUAGUCCUUUUUUAUAUAUGAACCGGUAGUUCCUUAGAAAGCCAGGUACUACAGAGUUUAAACACUGAACACAGACUACAUGCAGACUUCCUGUGCUGAAUCUUAUUUUGUUUUAUUUCUUAACAUUUUCUGUAGUUUUAGACCGUCUUAGACCGCUACAGGUAUUGAAACUAGUAGCCACGUUUUUUUUUGUUGUUUUUUUUAAUAACAAGUAGAUUUGCAUGCUCAUUUCCUCAAACAUACUGUAUUGUGUUUGUUAAAGAAAGAAAAAAAAUGUAUUUUUUUGUACAAGUUACUUUUUUUUGUAUCUUUAUCAAGCGUAAAUCAUGCACACUAAAAUCUUUCUUACCCAGUUGGGCACUGUGUAGUGAAAAUUUAGGUUCUCAGAAAACAAUAAACGAGUUUCUUUUUCCAGA